UCUGAAUACAAAAGAGGGCGCCGGCGUCCGUGGCGAAUCUGCCGCUCCCGAAGUGACAGCGCGGCCGAGGCCGGCGCGAGGACUCUCCCGUGGCCGGGAGCCCGGGCCUGACUCCGUGGGCACAGCCCACGCUUCGCUGAGAACAUGAAUGACUGGAUGCCCAUCGCCAAGGAGUAUGACCCGCUUAAAGCCGGCAGCAUCGACGGCACCGAUGAGGACCCCCACGACCGCGCCAUCUGGAGGGCAAUGUUGGCACGCUACGUCCCCAACAAGGGCGUCACCGGAGACCCCCUCCUCACCCUCUUCGUGGCAAGACUCAACUUGCAGACCAAAGAGGACAAACUGAAGGAGGUCUUCUCCCGCUACGGGGACAUCCGGAGGCUCCGGCUGGUGAGGGACCUGGUCACCGGCUUCUCCAAGGGCUACGCCUUCGUGGAGUACAAAGAGGAGCGUGCGCUGCUCCGGGCCUACCGGGACGCCGACGGCCUCGUGAUCGACCAGCACGAGAUCUUCGUGGACUACGAACUGGAGAGGACUCUCAAGGGCUGGAUCCCCCGGCGCCUCGGGGGCGGUCUGGGGGGCAAGAAGGAGUCGGGGCAACUGAGGUUUGGGGGCCGGGACCGGCCUUUCCGGAAACCUAUUAAUUUGCCAGUUGUUAAGAAUGAUCUCUACAGAGAGGGGAAGAGGGAGAGGAGGGAGCGGUCUCGGUCCCGGGAACGGCACUGGGACUCCAGGGCCAGGGACCGAGAGCACGGCCGGGGCCGCGAGAAGAGAUGGCAAGACAGAGAGCAGGCCAGGGCCUGGCCCGACAGCGACUGGGACCGGGAGAGGGACUUCAGGGAGGACAGGGCCCGGGGGAAGGAGAGGAGGGAGUGGAGCAAGUAGAGGCGGCGCCGGCCUGGCUCCCAGCAGCGGGGGUGCAGAGCCUCGGCUGGAGCCAGCGUCUUCAUGGCGCGGUUCUGAGGGCACGCCACCCGACAGGGAAGAGGGCGUGCGUAGCUGGAGGGGGUUUGUGUUUGCUCCCACCUGUUUGAAACGAUUUGCCUUAAAGUCCUUUGUGCUCACCUGUGACUCCUGGACACCCUCGUCAGGGUAAGUCCUUUCCACCCUCGUCCCCACAGCCCAAGGGUUUUCUGGAUUGAAAGGGAACGGGCAUGGGAAGUCCAGAGACAAGACCGGAAGCCGGACUGGACGUCUGAGUCAGCACGCAGCUCCGGUCCGGCAGACACUGCCCUGCUGGCCUCAGAAUGCUGACUGGCUUGUUUCUUUUCCUAUCUGGCAUUUAGAAUUCAGAACCAAAGUCGCAGGGCUGAGGUCCACGGCACCUCCCCGCGCUGUGAAGACAUAGACAACAAAAGGGAGUGGGGGAAGUCGGCGGAAGUCGGCGAGUGCCAGGGGUGCCGCCGUCCUCUGGGAGGGCACUGAAGGAGCCUGCCCCGGCCCGUGGUUUCCCCAGACAGGGACCUGUGGCAUUUUUAUCAGCGGCUGUUAUCUCUGCAAGUUCAGGUUCUUGAAAUUCGGCAUGUUUUACACACAAUAAAUGACGAUUCUAACAGCCAACAGCUGUGUGUUCGUGACGAGGGUGCAGAGGGUGAAUCUCUCAGGUUACCCAGGGACCAGACCAAUCUGCUGGUUGAAAACUGCUGUCGGCUGCUAGAACCGUUCC